GCAAAGGUGUGUGGAUUAUAAGAUUGUUUCCCAGCAGCAACAGCAGCGGUGACGCGCCAUCCCGGACCCGACAAGAACGUUUCUACUCGCUUUCAUUUCCAUUUUGCCGCCCACUUCUAAGCGAUUACCAAUGUUUCAACCAAGUAAACUCAAAGUACACCUGAAAUUAUCCAUCAAUCGCCUAAAAAUGCUGCAGGCAAAAAAGAAUUCGCUCGGUCAGCAUCAACGCCGAGAGAUUGCAACUCUUCUCGAUAAAGGCAAAGAGGAAAGUGCACGUAUUCGAGUCGAACAUAUCAUUCGUGAAGAUCUGCUGGUGGAGACCAUGGAAAUGCUCGAACUGUAUUGUGAUUUACUACUCGCACGUUUUGGAUUGAUUGAACAAUACAAAGAAUGCGAUCCUGGUAUUGCUGAAGCAGUGAACACGCUGAUCUGGGCUACACCUCGUACUGAUGAAGUUAAAGAAUUGGCUGCGGUCAGAGAUCAAUUUGCUGCAAGAUAUGGAAAAGAAUUUGUGCUAAAUGCACUUGACAACGUUGACCAGGUGGUGAAUGAUAGGGUAGUUUCAAAGCUUCAGGUCAGUGCCCCCGACCCGUACCUAGUUGAGCGGUAUCUCGAAGAAAUUGCAAAGUCCUAUGACGUACCGUGGACUUCAAGCAUCUUGGCUGCCGAGGCUGAGGAUGAUUUGGAUGAUGACAGCUCGAGUGGUGGCGGUGGUGGACUAGCUGAAGCAUAUCCGGCAGAAAUGGAGCCUCCUCUUCUGGCAAAACCUAGUGCUUCGAGCAACAGAACGAUGAAAGUGUAAUUUCGCCACCACAGCCGCCUAGCGAACCUUCCAUUGACCUGCCUAAAAUUCCAUCCAACAUGCCACCCAGAACAAAGCGCUCGCCCGCCCCUGCUGCUCCUAAACCUCAAGAUGAUCCAAAUGACUUUGAUUCUUUGGCCAGACGGUUGGAAGCAUUGAAACGAAAGUAAAAAACAAAAUGGAAUGACCAUAUAUAAAUUGAUACCCUCAACAUCCUCUUUUGAUUCUUUCUUUCAGUCACUCUCUCUGUCUCUUUUAAACCAAUAUACAUAUAUGUAAGGUGUAAAAUAAACUUGUGGGAAUCAUUUUAUUAAAAAAGUAGAGUAAAAGCAAAG